CCCUCACCGUGGCCUCCAGGGCAGCCGAUGCACAGUUUUUUUCCGGAGGCCUAGAAUGUCAACGGAAGUCCCCGCGCACCGGCCUCUAGGGCAGCUGAGCGCACAGUUCUCCGGAGGCCUAGAGCGUCAAUGGACGUGCCCAAACCGGGUCCUCCAAGGCAGCCGAGCGCAGUCCUCCGGCGGCCUAGGGCGUCGCCGGAAGUGCUUGCGAGGCGGGCGAAGGGGACGGCCGCGCUUCGGGUGGACAGCGUCUCUGCAGGUGUCCCCACCUCUGGUGUUUCUGAAGGGAGGGGAGCCCAGGCCUGGGUCCCCAGACGCCAUGGAGAAGGCCGGCCUGCUGGCCACACGCACAGCACGGGCAGCAAGUGUUGGCCAGGCUCCUGAGCAAGGGGCUGAGAGCACAGGGUUGACGCCACGGCAGGGAGCUCCAGAAGAGGGGCAGCACCACGGCGAGAGAACGCCAGGGCAGUGCCAGAGGCCCCCCCGGCCACUGGGGUGUCUGGACCUGUGUGGGAAUGAGGAAGCUGGACAGAGGCCCAGAGAGGCCCCUCAGAGCCCAGCUGGCUGUGAGGAAACGGGGGGUCAGAAUGGCCGUGAGGACAGUGCGUCCGGGUCAGACCCCACGCUGAACACCGGCUCCGGGACGGAGGGCAGAGGCCCCUGGAAAGGGCGGCCCUACCGGUGCAGCGCCUGCGACAGGAGCUUCAAAUGCUAUUCGGAUGUGGUGAAGCACCAGAGCAUUCAUUCUGGGGAGAAGCCCUAUGAAUGCAGCGACUGUGGGAAGGCGUUCAUCCAUAGCUCACACGUCGUCAGGCACCAGCGAGUUCACAACGGGGAGAAGCCGUACGUGUGCAAGGAGUGUGGGAAAGCCUUCAGCCAGAGCUUCAACCUGGUCCGGCACCAGCGCGUGCACACCGGGGAGAAGCCGUACGACUGCGCCGAGUGCGGCAAGGCCUUCGGCCAGCGGUCCGACGCCGUGAAGCACCAGAGAACGCACAGCGGAGAGCGGCGGUACGAGUGCCGCGAGUGCGGGAAGGCCUUCAUCCACAGCUCCAACGUGGUCCGGCACCAGAGGACGCACCACCGGGAGAACCCGUACGCGUGCGGCGAGUGCGGCCAGGCCUUCAGCCAGAGCUCCAACCUCAUCCAGCACCAGCGCGUGCACACGGGCGAGAAGCCCUUCGCCUGCCCGGAGUGCGGCCGCGCCUUCAGCCGCAGCUCCUUCCUCAGCGAGCACCGGCGCAUCCACACCGGGGAGAAGCCGUACGCGUGCGCCGAGUGCGGGCGCGCCUUCCGGGCGCUGUCGGGCUUCUUCCGGCACCAGCGAAUCCACACGGGCGAGAAGCCCUUCCGCUGCACCGAGUGCGGGCGCGCCUUCCGCCUGAGCUUCCACCUCAUCCAGCACCAGCGGGUCCACAGCCGGGAGUGAGGGGGCGGGGCGGGGCCACGGGCGGCACCGCCCACCCGGGUGGAGCGCGGCCUUCCCCGCCCCCUACCGAGAUAAUAAAGCUGCCUGGGCGCCUUCA